GAUAUGGAUCCCUUGCACAACAGUCCUUCAUUUUUAAAGCUUAUUGAUGAAGAUGACCCGAUAUUUUUGCUCAUUCCCGAGUCUAUCCUGCCCAAGAUCUUUGAUUAUACAUCAAAUGAUAUUAUUUCCAUUAUAGAUAUAGGCAACAAAAUCUUUCACUUCAAGAUUGAAAGGCUUGAUGGUAAAGUCGGUUUCUCCAUUGGUAUUGAUGUAAUUGUUAAUCUGUUUCAAUUGGAGGCCGGUUAUUAUUUAAUAUUCUCAAGAGGUUUUGGGAAUUAUUUCCAUUUAACAAUUUUUGGUAAAAAUGGUGUUGAAAUUAAUUUUGCUGAUGUAGAAGUUGAUGAGCCUGUAGUUGCACCUGUUGUUGCAGUUGAAGAGCCAGCUAUUGAUGAACAACAAGAUGGUCGUGUUUAUAAGUUUGUUCGUAUCGCUUCUAAAGAUUUUACUUCUGCAUUUGACUGAGCAAGAAGAGUUUACCAACCGUACCAGACGUGAAAAGAGAGGAGAAGGUUUUCGUUAUGCGUUAUGCAAAUGGUCGAGAUUCAUGAAACGUGCUCGCAUUAACGAGGGUGAUACGGUUCACUUUUCUUUUGAUGAAACUCAUCAAGUCUUGAAUGUUGAAUUGGUUGUACCUCACAAAAGGAGUACUGAUUAGUUGUUUUACAUUUAGGUUUUGGAUAUUUGGUUUUCAUAUGAUAUACAUUUACUUUGUUAUGGUUAAUAGUUUUUAA